AUGGGAAUCUCCGAUACUGAUGUUCAGAAACAGCUCCGCCACAUGAUGGCUUUCAUCGAGCAAGAAGCCAACGAGAAGGCUGAAGAGAUUGAGGCCAAGUCUGAGGAAGAAUUCAACAUCGAGAAGGGACGUUUGGUUCAACAUCAACGCCAAAAAAUUAUGGAGAUGUAUGAGAAGAAGGAGAAGCAAGUCGAGUUGACCAGAAAGAUCCAAGCUUCCAACUCUUACAAUGCUGGACGUCUGAAGUGCUUGAAGGCUCGUGAAGAACAUCUCGAGAAUGUCUUAAGCGAAGCUAAGUCUAACCUUUCCAAGAUUUCUGGUGACGCCCAACGUUACCCAUCUAUCCUUAAGGGAUUGAUCUACCAGGCUCUUCUCCAAUUACUCGAGAAGGAUGUUACUCUCACUUGCAGAGAAAAGGAUCUUUCUUUAGUUGAGCAACUUCUUCCUGAUUGCCUCAAUGCUCUUGAGAAAGAGUGGGGACAGAAGAGCAAGGUUACCGUUAAUACCAAGCACUUCUUGCCUUCAAAUGCUGCUGGAGGAAUCGAGCUUUCUGCCAAAGGAGGAAAGAUUAUGGUUUCUUCAACUCUUGAAAGCAGAUUAGACCUUAUUGCUCGUCAGAUUAUUCCACAAGUUCGUACUGCUCUCUUCGGACCUAACCCCAACAGACAGUAUUUCGAUUAA